CAAAGUGUGUAGACAUUUUAACGUUUAUUUAAUUUUAUUAUGUCUUUGUCUUGUCAGCAUAUUUCUGUCAAUCAGUGAGAUUAGUUUGAAUUCUGACAACUCUGGUUGUUGUUGCUCCGAGUAAAAAUUUAAAUACAUAAAACCAACUAUGUACGAACGAAAUAAAACCAUGUUUUAUAAUUCAUACCGAAGUGAAAAUAAACACCAGUUAAUUUAAAACAAGAAAUAAUUUGAAUCACUCUUAAUCAAAUAGAAGAAUAAAUUAGAGGAUUUAUUCGUUACAGUUAAGAUGAACACUGGCUGCUCUUAUAAGAAAUAAACAAAAAUGCGUAGAAAAUUCGAAAUAUCGUUACAUAAAUUCCUGCUCAUAUUUUUCACUAGCCUAUUAGCUUUCGAUUAUUAUGACUCUCGGAAUCCUCAGGACCCGUUAGUCCGUAUUGCGAACCCAAAGUUUUACUUACUUGGACCUCACAAUACGUCUUUACCUCCUACAGGCGAUGUAUACAAUCAGUUGAUAGACUUGAAGAACUUUUCAUUUCUCCUGAAUCCGCAGCCAUGCAAAGAGUACUCAGAGGGCCUACUUCUCAUGGUCUUAGUGGCUUCACGGCCCAGUAACUACCAGAAUCGAAUGGUGAUCCGAAACACUUGGGGCCGUUCCACUGAUUUCGCUAAAGUGUUAUUCCUUUUGGGACAGUCUACAGGAAAUUUCCAACAAACCAAUAAUGAGAGUGCUAUUUAUGGUGAUAUAGUGUUGGGAAAUUUUAAAGAUGCAUAUCGGAACAUGACAUAUAAGCAUGUUAUGGGCUUGAAAUGGAUUGUGCAUCACUGCCCCACAGCGAAGUAUGUUUUAAAAACUGAUGAUGAUAUUUUGGUGAAUUCAUAUGAACUGAGAAGGUUUUUGGCGAGAGAACUAUCUCCUUGGGGAGCGCGAGGACUGAUGACCUGUCAAGGGCUGGAUCACUCACUGGUCUACAGGAAAGGAUCCAAGUGGCAAGUGACUGUUGAAGAAUUCCCAGAACGUUACUACCCUCCAUACUGUGCAGGUUGGGCAAUAUUAUAUUCGCAAGAUGUUGUCCACAGGCUGCUUGAAGCCGCCCAAUCUCUGCCCUUUUUUUGGAUAGAUGACGUUCACAUCACUGGGACGUGUGCCCAGAAGGCUGGCAUCACUAUGACUCCCCUGACUAAUCUUCUGAUGACGUGGACACGUGCCAAUCUAUUGACAACUUUGGGUCCAAGGUUUAUUAGUGGGUCAUUUUUAUUCGGACCCACUGAUAUAUCACCAAGCAAGAUCUCGAAGAUAUGGAAAGUAAUUUGUCAUUAGAUAAGCAAAUUGAGGGCUUAGUGUUUGCAAUGAGACACAGCUAACCAUAGAUCACGUCACAAUUCCGCCCUAUUUUUAAAUUAAGCGCAUAUCUGCAGUGGAUUUCAAAUGGAUUGUGAAUUGCAAAGCCACACUAUGCUCUCUGUACUGAUUGGAUCUGUUAGCUAGAAUGGUAAGAAUCA